AUGGCAUCAGAACAACUUGACGAUGUCGAGAAGAUUGUGCGGAUGACGGAGUGGAAUGAACAGGAACCAUGGGAGUGUUCUGAGAAUGAGGAGUAUUCAAAGGAUAACAAUUUGGCUGCGGCGAAACGCUUCAUGGCGGCUCAGUCGUUUUUGCUAUCAUGGAAAGAAGGAAAAGUGCCAACUGGAUGGCGACGAGCAAGAAAGAUUACGGACUUUAACGGGGAGUACCCGAAGUCAGUCAUUGAUUCUGCGGAGGAUGUAAUCAGCGAACGAAUCGCUGCGAAAAACAUGGAGAAAACCAUUAGAUUGAACGCCGCAGUCCUCUCACGUGGAGAAUCUUCUUCUGAGGCUGCGACGAAGCGACCGCCGAGCGACGUGGCUCUCAACAAGCAGGAAAUCGAGAAAUUGAAGGCCGAGUUCUCCACUUUCAACCUUCACUUCUUCGAGGCAAAGGGUGCUCUCAGUCGCGCUACUACCGCUAUUGCAGACGUCUCUUUCAGGCUUCAAGCGGUGACAGAAAUACUCGAGUGAAGAAACUGCCAAUUAGAGUCGUUAACCACUUAUGCAAUGCCACAGGACUAGCCUGCCUUCAAGAAAAUGUUUCAUAUAGAAGCGUAGGGACAGCUCCGUACUUCUUACGUGGCAGGUAGACCGGGGUCAUUUCGUCCAAGAUAGAUCAAGCGAUCACUUUGCGGACACUCACAAAUACAAGAUAGGAUUUCAGGCAUAGCGUUCCUGUUAUUUCGUUUCUGUCAAAA